UAUGAGAAUUAUUAUUUCCUUGCACGUUGAACAACGCAUUCUUCCGUUUUGCGUUAGUAUAGCGGAAAGAGUGUCGUAAAGAAGAUAUACGUCUUUUUAAUAAAGUGUAUAAAAGGCAAUGUGACAUGUCUGGACAGGUGAACCAGGCAUUCGAAGAAAAUCAAUUAGAUAUGUUAGAAGAUGGUCGGAAAAGCGAACCUAUUACAUAUCAGAAUGCAAAUUAUCACGAAGAAAAAAAUCCUUGGGCAAUCAACAACAAUGCAGUUCAUGCUUAUCUUUCAAAACAUCAAAGAAUUUUUAAAACGUUUGGCUUAAUAAUUUUGAAUCUUCUUUUCAUAACAUAUAUAAUCUUUGCUAGUAUAUAUUGGGAAAAUCAACAAAAAAAUUGUGAUUUUCAAUGGUGUGAAGGCUAUGGUUUACUACUUAUACUUACAGGACUUAUUUAUCUUGGUUUAUUUUAUUUUUUGAUUGUAAAACGAUAUCUUAGCAAAUACAUUUUACAAUGCUGCCGGCCAGCAACAAAUUCCUUGGAACGUUUGCAAAACACCAAAUAUGGAACGCGCAUCACAACGAUAAUAAUUUAUUUAGUUAUAUUUAUAGCCAUCAUUAUUUUUCUUAUCAUUGAUACCGUCGAUUCCAGACACAGGCUAAUUAGUAUUCUUGGCGUUAUUAUCUUAUUAGGAUUAGGUUGGGUGUUCUCUAAAUAUCCGGGACAGGUCAAUUGGAAACCUGUCAUUUGGGGAAUGAUUUUACAAUUUAUACUUGGACUUAUUAUUCUUCGAUGGCCUGUUGGUCGUAGUAUUUUUCAAUGUGUGUCUGCCAAAGUGGCCACUUUCUUGAAUUACGCUAAAUCUGGCUCCAAGUUUGUAUUCUCAGAAGACAUUGUUAACAAAGGAGUCUUUGCUUUUACGGUCGUGCCCGUAAUUUUUUUCUUUAAUUUCAUGGUACAAAUUAUGUGUUACCUCGGUGCGAUGCAAUGGAUUAUUAUGAAAUUAGGCUGGGUCUUGCAAAGCAUAAUGAGUACAACGCUAUGUGAGUCAUUCGUUGCUGUUGCUAAUCCUUUUAUUGGAAUGUCCGAAUCUCCUCUUCUAAUUAAACCGUAUCUCAAUCAAUUGACUUCCUCGGAGUUGCAUGCUGUAUUAAGUUCGGGAUUUUCCACAGUUUCUGGUACGGUAUUAGCUGCUUAUAUAUCAUUUGGUGCUAAACCGGCUCAUUUAAUAACCGCUUCCAUAAUGUCUGCACCAACUUCUUUAGCCUAUUCCAAGCUCUUUUAUCCAGAAACUGAACAAAGUCUCACAAAAUCCGAAAAUAUCAAGCUUGAAAAAUCAUCGGAAAAUAGUAUUUUGGAUGCCGCAACGAAUGGUGCAUUAGCUGCGAUUCCAAUCGUUUUGGGUAUAAUCGCAAAUAUCGUAGCUUUUGUAUCUUUUAUCGCAUUUUUAAAUGGAAUACUCUCUUGGUUCGGCAAUCUGGUUGGUUAUGAACAAUUGAGUCUUGAGAUUAUAUUGGCAAAAAUUUUUAUGCCACUAAGUUGGGUGAUGGGCGUUCCUUGGGAACAUUGCGAAGACGUAGGAAUGCUGAUAGGCAUGAAGACAAUUAUCAAUGAAUUAGUCGCUUAUCAAAGGAUGGGUGAAUUGAUAAAGCAGGGUCGAAUAUACGGAAGAUCGGAAGCGAUAGCCACAUACGCGAUCUGCGGUUUCGCGAAUCCAAGUUCGAUUGGCAUCCAAGUUGGCAUGUUUUCGUCUUUGGUGCCAGAAAAGAAAGAGCAAGUAACGAAAGUCAUUGUGCGAGCCUUCGUUACUGGUAGCGCCGCCUGUUUUCUCACAGCUAGUAUCGCCGGUGUAUUACUUGACGAUAUUUCAGUAUUAUCUGUCCCAAACAAUAUGACAAUGUCAAACGUCACUUCAACAUUAACUUCAUUAAUGUAAAAAGUUACAUCAGAAUUAAGAAAUUAUA